AUGGAAGGAGAUAUAAGCCUCUCCCAGUCUCUGGGCGGGCUACGUAUAGCGAAUCCAGAUAACGCCUCUUUGCAUUCUUCCGAGGAUGCGUCAACUCCCGCUGCUAGUGCUGUUCCUUCAGCGCCGACAGACUCCGUCAAUCCCAAAGACGAUCUGCCAGUAAUUGAGCAAUCAGCCAGUUCAACAAGUCCGUUCACCCCCCCUGCCGAGAACCGAAUGUCCUACCAGUCAUACCACCCCGAUAUCCAGCAGCAACCCGUUCCACAUUACGCCUCUCACUUCCCCUCCCAACCGCAACAUCUCCCACCGCCGAGCUCUUCUCGCCCUGUAUCGACGAUAUUCUCGAAUGGCAAUACACCGGCGUCGACCGUCCGAGAAGGUUCGUAUCGAAUCCGAACCGACUCUGCGGCCUCGUCAGCUUCAGAAAGUCUAGCACGCGCCGAAUCUCGUGGAGGCUCUGCGGCUUACCAAGCCGGAGUAGCCAUCCGCGAUAGCAGCCAUAACGACCGUACUUAUCACACGACACAUAUACCCCCGGUGAACGGAGCAGCGGUGAUGCGCCAGCCGUCUCAGGCGCGGGCUAGAGGGCCCCCACAGCUGUCGGGUUCGCCCUAUGGCAUGGAGAAUGGUCCGAUGUCGAGCAGUGAAGACUGGCAAGAUCGUGGCGCUGCGGUUACAGUAAGACAGGAGAUCGACGCCAACGGGAAACCUGUCGCGCGGUACAUUAAGAAAGGGGUUCGAGAUUUCUCCUUUGGUCAAACUCUUGGAGAGGGUUCCUACAGCACCGUUGUGCUUGGGACAGAUCGACAGACACUCAAGGAGUAUGCGAUAAAGAUUCUAGAUAAACGGCACAUCAUCAAAGAGAAAAAGGUCAAGUAUGUCAACAUCGAAAAGGACACCCUGAAUCGUCUCACCGAUCAUCCAGGAAUCGUACGAUUAUACUAUACGUUUCAGGAUGAACGCUCGCUUUAUUUUGUUCUGGAUCUUUGCAAAGGGGGCGAGUUAUUGGGUGUCUUGAAGCGGAUGACCUCGUUCGAUGAAGAAUGCACGAGGUUCUACGGCGCUCAGAUCCUAGAUGCGAUUGACUACAUGCAUAAGCGGGGGGUCAUUCACAGAGACCUCAAGCCGGAAAACGUCUUGCUUGACAGCCAGAUGCAUAUCAAGGUUACCGAUUUUGGGACAGCCAAGAUUCUCAAAACUCAACAACCUGCGCAGAGUACGGGCGGGAUACCACAGCUGGACUCGGAUAUGCCGGAGGAGGAGCGUGCUAGCUCUUUCGUCGGAACAGCCGAAUACGUUAGCCCCGAACUACUUACAGACAAGAAUGCCUGCAAAGCAAGUGAUCUUUGGGCGUUCGGAUGCAUCAUCUACCAACUUUUGGCGGGCCGGCCACCCUUCAAAGCCGGCAAUGAAUACCAAACGUUUCAGAAAAUUGUUGCGCUGGACUACGAGUUCCCUUUCGGGUUUCCUGCUGUUGCCCGCGACCUCGUUGAGCGUCUACUCGUCCUCGAUCCUACACGGCGUCUCCCCAUUGAACACAUCAAGAACCAUGAGUUCUUCCAAGGUGUGACAUGGGGUACAGAUCUUUGGAAACAAAAGGCGCCGCGCUUAAAGGCUUACACUCCUCCACCCCGCGAGCCCAUUAAGCUCAACGGUGGCUCGGAAGGGGAUAGCUUCCCGCCCAGUAUUAACACGGCGCCCUCAAACACAAGUUCCCGCGUGGUACCUAGGUUGAUUACCGAAUUACCGGCUCCUAGCCAACUUGACAUCGAGUGGUCCCCCGUGUUAACGAAAAGCAACGAGAGGAUCUUGAAACUCGGCAACCUAGUGGUGCAUUCAUCUCCGGCCUCACACAGCCCUGUGUCAAAGCAUGGCGAAUAUGAAGCCCCAAAGAAAUUCUCGCGCUUUUUUGGAGGCAGCACAACUAAGAAGCGGCAACGGCUGGUCAUGAUUACUUCAUCUGGGCGGAUAAUCAUGGCAGCCGCCGGAGGAGACGAGAAAAAGGCGAAACUGGAGCUGUCUCUACUCGCGCCUGGGACGCACUAUCGCACAUCGACAGAUGCUAAGGGGGUGUCUUGUUGGAUCGUGGAUACUCGCGACAAACACUACGUCUUCGAGGACCCUAAGCCUUCAUCAAGCAACAUUGGUACAACCGCCAUGUCUGCACAGGAGUGGUUGGACGCGCUUGAUCGUGCACGAGAGAUGGCUUUAGCCCAACAAAGUAAUGGACCGUAUUCCGGAGACGAGACCUUCCGUGACCUAUCUUCCGGACUGUCAAGUCAUGCCAACACUCUCGACCGAGGUUCGGAGACGCCUCAUGAACCGGCACCUUCAGGUCGGGCAACUCUUGUUAAGCACCAAGGGAACGAUUCCGAUUCUGUCAAAGGUAAAAAGCGGUUCAGCCGACGUCAUUCGAAAAAUGGCCUAGCCGCGGUUUUCUGA